AUGUCCCAUAUCUUUGCAUCCAUUGAACAACUUCCACCUGAUGCCCUUUUUGGUUUGAAGGCUCGUUUUGUCGCUGACUCUCGUCCACAAAAGGUUGAUUUAGGUAUUGGAGCUUACCGUGAUGAGAAUGGUAAACCUUGGAUUUUGCCCUCUGUUAAAGAAGCUGACAAAUUGAUCCACGAAGACCCAGCAUUCAACCAUGAAUAUUUACCAAUUCAAGGUUUUGCUAGUUUUGUCAGCGCUGCUGCUAAAGUUAUUCUUGGUGAUGAAUCCCCAGCUAUCAAGGAAGAUAGACUAGUCUCAAUUCAAACACUAUCAGGAACAGGUUCUCUACAUAUUGCUGCUAAAUUCAUUUCAAAAUUCUACAAAAAAAGCCAAACAGUUUACUUAUCAAGACCAACUUGGGCGAACCAUUUCCAAGUUUUUGAAUCAUUAGGUUUAAAGACCGCCUCAUACUCGUACUGGAACGAUGAAACCAAGAGUCUUGACAUUGAAGGUUACUUGAAAGAUAUUAACAAUGCUCCAGAAGGUUCAAUAUUCUUGUUACAUGCAUGCGCUCAUAAUCCAACAGGUUUAGACCCAACUAGAGAAGAAUGGGUCAAAAUAUUGGAUGCUAUAAAAGCUAAAAAUCAUUUACCACUAUUUGACUCUGCUUACCAAGGUUUUGCAAGUGGUGAUUUGGAAAAUGAUGCUUGGGCUAUCCAAAAGGGUGUUGAAGUCUUAGAAACCCCAAUUUUAAUCUGUCAAUCAUUUGCUAAAAAUGUUGGUAUGUAUGGUGAAAGAAUUGGUGCUUUCCAUUUGGUUUUACCAACUCCAGAUAACAAACCUGCCAUCUUGUCUCAAUUACAGGUCUUCAUCAGAUCAGAGUUAUCCAAUCCACCUGCUUAUGGUGCUAAGAUUGUUUCCAAGAUCUUGACUACUCCAUCUUUGAGAAAUCAAUGGAAACAAGAUUUAGUCACCAUGAGUCAACGUAUUUACUCUCAAAGAGUUGCCCUAAGAGACUUGUUGGUUAAAUUGGGGACUCCAGGUAAUUGGGAACAUAUUGUCAAACAACAAGGUAUGUUUUCAUUCACAGGGUUGAACAAAGAACAAGUUGCCAGAUUAGAAUCCAAACAUGCCGUUUACUUGGUUAGCUCUGGUAGAGCUUCUGUGGCUGGUUUGAACAGCAGUAACGUUGAAUAUGUUGCCAAAGCCAUCGAUGAAGUUGUCCGUAACACCAGCACAAAGCUUUAG